AUGGCCGACAGAACACCAACAGCAAAGAGCAAAGCUCUUCCCGCAGACGAGGAUUUCUUCUCAAAAAAACAUCACAGCAAAGCCUCUCGACUCGCCGCAGAGACCCCAGACACCGCCAACACCUCGGCGCUCAACACCCCCAAUUCCGAGAUGAUGCUCUCGUCCGACGUCCCCUCCACCCCACUCAACGGUCGAAGCACGCCAGACUCGGAAGGCGACACGCCCGUCGCCACAUCCACUGUCACCACCACCAUCUCCACCACACGAGGCAGCGGCUCGUCCACCGUCGAAUUCCAACACAUCGGCGCCAAGGGUCUCUCCCACCGAGUCGGCAAAGAUGGCGCCGUCUACCUCAAACCCGUCGCCGCCACCUCCUCCAAGGGUCGCAAGAAGAUGCGCGCCGUCGUCUCCUUCAAGCCCCGCACCAGCCAUUUCGACCGCUUCAACGAGACUUCCUCCCGCGAUCAGUUCCGCGGCUUCUUCACCCUCUUCUGGGUGUGUCUGGCGCUGUUCGUGCUCAACACCUCAUACACCAGCUUUGCCAGCACGGGCCAGGUGCUUAGCAUGACGUUCGCCACCCUCUUCAGCAGGGAUGCGUGGAUGCUCGCGCUCUCGGACGGCGUGCUCAUCGGCUCGCUGUUCAUCUGCGUACCCUUUGCCAAUGUGUGCCGCCGCGGUUGGGUGCGGUAUUGGCCCACGGCGGUCGUCUUCCAGCACCUGUGGCAGACGACGCUGCUAGGGAUUGUCAUUAAAUGGGCCAGGUAUCGCGAAUGGCCGUGGGUGCAGAGCGGCUUCUUUGUGCUGCAUACGCUGUCCAUGAUGAUGAAGAUCCACUCGUACAUGAACGUCAACGGCAAUAUGGCGGACACGUACCAUCGCAUGCGACGCGUAGAGAGUAUGCUCGAGGAACGAGUCGCCGAGGUAGAAGGAUCGGAAGCGGGCAGAGGCGACGAGCAGCUGCGAGCGGCGUGGGGCAAGGCGGUCAAGCAGGCGAGACAGAACGCAGGCUUUGGCGAUCAGGAUACAAGCAAAAGCAACGCGAACAAACUUGCUGACUGGUCGUCGCUCGAGACGCAGAGAGGCAGCAGCUCGACUCGCUGCAAAGCAGGGCAGGCACUCAACGCUGUUCACGAGAAUGAUGACGACGAGCCCAAGCUCACGGUCGAAGAUCAAAACGCUACAAAAAGCGACGAGCCAGCGACGGGUCACUCGAAGCUCAGCAGAGAAGAGCACAUCCAGCUGCACAAAAAGGUGGCUGAAGAAGAAAAAGCCGAGCGCUCCGCCGCCGCUCAGUCCGACAACAAGGACGACAAGGAGGACAAGAUCAAGAUCAAUGGCAAGGAAACUUCGACAUCACGCCCUGGCGCCGCUGCCGCCGAGUCGCAUCCGCACCACACGAUCCGCGACCCACAUCCGCUCUCUUCUCACCCAGACACCGUCAUCUCCGACCUGGCACGCGAGAUCGAGGUCUUGCGCGAGGACCUUCUCUCCGCCCGCCCCUCCUCGGACGUUUCCGCGGACCUCGUCCACCAAGAACCCAUCAUGUGGCCUGCCAACGUCACCUACUCCAACUUCUGGGACUACCUGCUGGUCCCCACGCUCGUCUACGAACUCUCCUAUCCGCGUCUCAAGACCAUCCGACCGCUCUACGUGCUCGAAAAGACGCUCGCCACCUUCGGCACGUUCCUCGUGAUCUACGUCAUCACCGAGCACUGGAUCAUGCCCUUUACGCCUACGGCCGACACGCCGUUCCUGCGCACCUUCCUCCAACUCGCCGUGCCCAUGAUGAUCAACUACCUGCUCAUCUUCUACAUCAUGUUCGAGUGCAUCUGCAACGCCUUUGCCGAGAUCACGCGGUUUGCGGACCGCGAAUUCUACUUGGAUUGGUGGAAUGCGACCUCGAUGGACGUCUUCAGUCGCAAAUGGAACAAGCCAGUCCACUCGUUCUUGCUGCGUCACGUCUAUGCUAGCACCAUCGCAGCUUGGGGACUCAACAAGAGCAUGGCCAUGUUUCUGACGUUCUUGCUGAGCUCGUUGGUGCACGAGCUGGUCAUGGCCAUUGUUAGUGGCAAGAUCAGGUUCUACCUGUUCGCAGCCCAGAUGGUGCAAUUGCCCAUGAUCUUUUUGAGCCAGGUGCCGUUCAUCAAGCGAAACGAGACGCUGGGCAAUAUGAUCUUCUGGAUCGGACUCAUGGCUGGGUUCCCUUUGCUCAAUAUUGGGUAUCUUGUGUAUUGA